AUGGAGACGCCUCCCCAAUCACCUAGAGGCGCGAAAACAGAUCCUCUCCCUGGCCUCCAAUCACCUAGGCUCACUGUCAACGGUCGCGACGAUAUCACCGACGAUAUUCGGCCAUCCUUGGCGUCUGCUGUCUCUGAGCCUGCUCGUCUGACAGGCUUCGCAAGCCCGAUCAGACAGCAUAAACGGACUCCAAGCGCUCAUCGCGAAAUCAAGGAAACUUUGGACGCCCACGUCGAGUUCUCCAAUGAUGAGACGGAUGGUCGAACUCACCACAGAAUAAACCAGUUUGUGAUUCAAGAUGAAAUCGGUCGCGGGUCCUACGGCGCUGUCCAUCUCGCGACAGAUCAAUUCGGCAAUGAGUUUGUAUGCUACCUUCAUCAAGGUGUCUGCCUUUGCCCUCUUUCUCAGAGCAUUCACUUACGGCGAGAUCUACAGGCUGUCAAAGAAUUCUCCAAGGUUCGCCUACGAAGGCGCGCACAGUCCAUCGCCAUGCGCCAAGGUCCUGGGGGGCCGCAAAGACGUAUGCCUGGUAGAGGAGGCGCCAUGUCUCCUCAUCUUAAUGGGCUGCGAGACCGUGAGAGGAGCGAUGCUUUAUUCUACAUCCGAGAAGAGAUUGCCAUCAUGAAGAAACUCAAUCACCCCAACUUGGCUCAACUUAUCGAGGUGCUCGAUGAUCCAGAUGAAGAUUCCCUGUACAUAGAACAUCCUUGGGUAACCAAAGAAGGAACUGACCCCUUACUAUCGGCAGAAGAAAACUGUUCAGACCCCAUAGAACCACCGAAUGAGCUAGAGCUCAGCCGAGCUUUUACGAGGAAGAUGAACCACCUUCUUUGUGUGAUGAAGGCAAUCCAUCGAUUUCGGUGCUCAUUGGCUCGCAGCCGCAAAAAAGCUGCGAGUCAAUCACAAGAAGCCACACAAGAAAACGAGUCACCCAAAUUAUUAGAUGCCAGCGCAUCAGUAGAAGAUAUAGCGUCACUCAUCGCACACCAAAAGACAAUCUUACUUGCGCCAGAGCCCGAAGAAGAAAAGACAAAGGGCCACGCUCACGAUAUUAGCGACCAAGAGCCGCUAUUCCUAGGCAUCGGCACUGGAGCGAGAGAUGCCUUCACUACCGAUGAGAAGACACCCGAUGUUGUGUCCGACUCUCCUACGGCAGUCGACUUCAACGUAUACGACCGGGCCUAUGAAGAGGCCGUAAAGGAGCGAAUGAAACAGAAUCAGUCAAGCAACCCUGUCAUGUACUUGACGAAACAUAUCAAAGAGAAAGAGUACUUCAAAAAGCUGGAGAACAUGGUCGACGAAGCUUCGGUCUCACUGCCUCCCUUCAAGGCUGCCUUGGAGAAUUCCAAACGACUUCUAGACCCUUUACCUUUACGUCCAGGCAAUAAAUUAGCCGAUCUCGUGUCCAGAGUCAGAGAAGCGUCCGAGAAUAGCAACAAGACAAAAGGCCAAAAUUAG